AUGUUGAACCGUGAUAGUACUCGAGCUCAACUCCUCAACACUGAUCCAUCAGCAAGAAAGGAAGAAACCGAAGAGGAAGACAACAGCUCAACCGGGGGCGAAUCAAAUGCUAAGACUACUACAGGGUCACAGGCAAGCGGUCGAUCUUCCACGCCAACAUCAAUAGUGCAAAUACCCUCAAAGAAACGACGGCGCAGAACCAGGGACGAUGAAUACUCUCCUUUAGUGCCAUUGAAACGAGCUCAGCUGACGCAGAACCGCGAAAUACAGUUAAUGGAGUUAGAAGUGCGUAAGCGGCAAGUCAGCUUGCAGGAAAAAGAGAUGGAAGUUCGGCAAUUACAGCUACAAAACGAGACUAGAGCUACUGAAGCCAAGAUCGCGGAGGCCAAUGCUCAGACCGCAAAGCUUCUUCAUGAAUCUCAGCACUGGAGACUGCAACGCAAGGUUAGCCUCCUCCUUGAACGGAAAAAGCUUCUGGAUGAAGGUGUACCGAUUGAUGAUAUUGAUGCACUUUUACCGCUUAGCUCGGAUCUCUAG